AUGCAGUUCGCGGGCAAACGGCCAUGGGAUGGGUCCGGUUGGCCGGAUGCCGCAUCCCCAUCCAGCAGCAGUCGGGCGAGAACCUCCGAGCCGGAGGCCAUGACGCAGGAAGAGGAGGAGUUCUUUCGUUUGACCGGGCUGAAGCCUGAGCGCUUCCAAGAGCCGCCGGCCGCUGCUGCAGCGCCGGCGCCGGCGCCCCCGAAGCCUCCAGUGCCCCCGGCUGCGCCGGCGCAAGCAACGGCGGAGAGCUGGUGCCAAGGCAGCUGGCAAGGAAACUGGCCGCAGCCUCAAGGCUGUCAAGGGACUUGGCCGCAGGAGGACGCUUCCUGGCAGUCCCCCAACGCCUGGCCGGACGCUGCCACCUGGGCGAAAGAAGGCGCCUGGUGCGGCGGCUCCGGCGCCGGGAAUGCGAACGAGGAGCCCUUGAUGGGCUCCAUGGGCGAAGCGGGCGGCGGAAAUUGCGGCGGCUGCGGCUGCGGCAUGCCGCAGGCAUUCCAGAUGAUGCAGCAGCAGAUGCUGAUGCAGAUGAUGGGCGGGUGCGGCGGAAGCCACGCCCAGCAAGUGGAGGCGGAAGCGGAGGAAGACCCGCUGAACCCGGACAACGACCCCAACCGCUUUUCGGGAAGGAUCAAGGUCUUCUAUGAGGCCUCUGGUGGAGGCUACGGCUUUGUGGAUUGCGAAGCGGCGCGAUGGAGAUAUGGGCGGGACGUGUACCUCAACUCCAGACAGAUCGGCGAUGCCAAAGUGGGCGAGCUGAUUAGCUUCACGAUUGUGCGCAACGCGCGCGGGGAGCCGCAGGCGCGGAACGUGAUGCGCGCAGAGGAGGCCAUGGCGCUCAAGGCCAAGAUCCAGGCCCGGGAGCGCAGGGAGCAGGAGCAGAAGCGGCAGAAGUACCAGGCCCUCGAGAAAGUGGUGGUUCCCGCCAAGAAGGCGGUGAUGACGGAAGAGGAGGCGAAGCGUUUCCAGGAGUCCCUGCGGAAGAACCGGAUCUGA